CCUCACAGAGGCGAAACCGUCUGCUGCGGACUUCUUCGUGAAGAGAACCGCUUUUUUUAAUCCCAGCAUUCUGGUCUAAUGGACACAGUCUUUGUAAAUGCUUUUUAAGAAUAAUCACUGUAGGAAGACGCACACUGGCUACUCAGCAGGCCCUGGGCUUGAGUCUUAUUUGAAGGGAUUCAAUUUCACCGGUGAGCCACCUUGGCUUCUCUGCACCUGAGUAACAGCAACACUAAAUUUCAUCUCUUUCAUAUCCAAUUUCCUAGUGACUAAUCAAAAGGACUUCUUGUGACCAUGAACACUGCAACUGCCACCGAGUUUGACUUCUCUUUUCUUGAGGAGGGCUUUUCUGCCCGGGAUACUGUUGAGCAGAAGAUCAAUGAGUCAUCAAUGACGGAUGACAGGGACGCCUUCUACGUCUGUGACCUGGGAGAUGUACUAAAGAAACACCUACGCUGGGCGAGGGCCCUGCCUCGCGUCACUCCUUUCUAUGCUGUCAAAUGCAACGACAGCCGGGCUGUUGUUAUGACGCUGGCAUCCCUGGGAGCUGGAUUUGACUGUGCAAGCAAGACGGAGAUUCAGAUAGUUCAGUCCCUGGGAGUUGAUCCAAGCAGAAUCAUCUAUGCCAACCCCUGCAAGCAAGUUUCUCAGAUCAAGUACGCGUCUGCCCAUGGGGUCCAGAUGAUGACUUUUGAUAGCGAGGUGGAACUCAUGAAAGUGGCCCGCUGCCAUGACAAUGCCAAGCUGGUGCUGCGUAUUGCCACAGAUGACUCAAAGGCAGUGUGUCGCCUGAGUGUGAAGUUUGGGGCUCCUCUAAAAGCUUGUCGAGGUCUUCUGGAGCGGGCCAAAGAACUGGACCUGGAUGUGAUUGGCGUCAGCUUCCAUGUUGGCAGUGGCUGCACUGAUGCUGAGACCUACACCCAGGCUAUCGCUGAUGCCCGCUGUGUCUUCGAUAUGGGGGAUGAGCUUGGCUUCAACAUGAACCUGUUAGACAUCGGAGGUGGUUUCCCUGGUUCGGACGAUGCUGAACUCAAAUUUGAAGAGAUCACAGCAGUAAUCAACCCAGCCCUGGACAAGUUUUUCCCUGCGGACUCUGGUGUUAAAGUCAUUGCUGAGCCAGGGCGCUUUUAUGUGGCCUCUGCUUACACACUGGUCGUCAAUAUCAUUGCCAAGAAGGUCAUCAUGGACGAUGAGGCGGCUUCUGAUGAGGAAGACGAAGGAACCAGUGACAGGACCCUGAUGUACUAUGUCAAUGAUGGAGUGUAUGGAUCCUUCAACUGUAUACUCUAUGACCACGCUCACUGUUUGCCAACACUACAUAAGAAGCCAAAGCCAGAUGAGGUCAUGUACCCCUGCAGCAUCUGGGGCCCAACAUGCGAUGGCCUUGAUCGCAUUGUUGAGCAGUGCAACCUGCCUGACCUGCAAGUGGGAGACUGGCUGGUCUUCGAGAACAUGGGUGCCUACACGGUGGCCGCCUCCUCCACCUUCAACGGCUUCCAAAGACCCGACAUUCACUAUGUCAUGUCCCGCUCUGCCUGGCAACACGUGCAGCAGAUCUGUUCCCAGGGCAUGCCAGCUCCUGCGGAGGAGUCUUGCCUGUUUGAAGUGCCAGCGGGCUGUGGUCGAGAGAGCAGCUUGGAGAUGCCCACCAAGCCCUGCCAGGCCCAUGUGGUUUCAGCACAUACUGUGCAUCACAGCAAUGUUCUCCAGAUUUAGCAUCCCUCUUUGUUAUUAAUUAUUGGAGGAAGUUUUCCAUCUGUUUUUUUUCUUCUCCCCAAAAUGUACGUGAAAUUUCAAGGCCAGUUACUUGACAGGAGAAUGAGAGGGAAAUGUUGCACAAAUUUGUGUGUUCUGUAUGGAAGCGGGGAUCAAUCCUCAAAGAAGUGAGGCUGAGGCUGAAUCGCACCCUGAGUGUCUCUGUAUGUUCCUGAGUGUUACAGGGCAACUCUGUACUAUUUCACUGACAGUUCCCCAAAACUGUAGGAUGCACAACACUCGAAACCAUAGCAAAAGUCCAAAACAUGAAGGGUUACUUGUGCUAUUACUUUAAUACUAUCAACUUGGAAGCCCUGUUAACAUCUGAAGUCGCAUCCCCAGCUAGUUACAAAGAGGUGGUUGGAGGGGUGAUUUAAUUCCUCAAAAAAUGGCUGCUAUGUUUAUAUUUAUCUCUCCAUGAUCUCCACUUCUGUACAGAACUUCAGAAGUGUUAAUCCUCAAGAUGUUAAUAUUUGUUUUUGUUUUUUUUUUUUCAAAUUUCGACUUUUCUUCUGUAAGUGCUUCUCUGUUGACGGCCAGAAGCAGUCACGCAAAUUUGAACAUGUACACACAGAAACUUGCAAGACGCAUACGUCACGUUCUGCAUGUCAGAACACCACAUGCUGAUAUGGCUACAACAUUUCAAACCAUUUCUCUGACAGCACUAUACACUUAAUAGUUACUUCAGCUACCCAUAUGGCGCACGUGAUCCUCAUAUUUAUCCUGGUCUGCUGACACGACAGGUGCGACCAAUAACAAAUCUUCAAGAUUAACACUUAAAACACAGGGACUCAAGAAGCAGACUGCACCUCUCCUCUUCUCCUCCUUAUUUUAUUUUUACAUUUUGUAACUCGUAGAAGGCAAGAAGUCUGUUCAUGAUAUUAAUAAGAAGCAGUGUUACACCAGACAUUUGAAAUGGAUAUGAAAGAGACGGGAUUGCAAAUUCAUAAUGCUUUCCUAUGGAAACUUUUGAAGUUUUGUAUUUUUUUAAUAAAUAAAGCAUUAGGUGCAGAGCCGAA